CGGACCCCUGUCACUUUAAAAUUUACUGCAGAAAGAAGUCUCUUCCGACUGGGGACACGGGGAAAGACAAGCCCCACGCUCUGAGUCGCCUCUUCUUUGGGGGGAUAAUAGGGAUGGACGCGCAGGAUACGUCUGUAUGAGAAACAUCACACAAACUUAAGGCGAUGCCUGAAAUCUACCACCCCUGAAUCUCCCUGCUGUCAUUUACGCGACACAUCCCGGCAGGCUGAGGAGGUGGAAAGGGGGGGGAGUGGAAGAGAAAAAUGAAAAGUUGAAUGGCUAACAGAGGACACCUGGGUGCGUCAGGACAGGAGGGGUGACAAGAGAGAAGCGGACGAGCCAAACGAAGCGCACGCAGUGAAAAGUUGGGAGCAAGUUGAUGUGCCGGAGGGGAUUUAGUUCCGUCCCGCGACGUCUGUAGGACAGUGAGAGGAGAAACAACGAGUCUGCGCUGUCUGAGAGACAAUACAGAGAGAGAGGAUUUACAUCUACCGAGUUCGCGGUGUGUGAGAGACAGUAAAGUGAAAGCGCGCCGGCGAGACAUCGGCUCGUCCUGCGGCUUGGAGACCUGAGGAGACGCCGAAAAAAAAAAAAAAAAAAAAAAAAAGAAAGAAAGAAAGAAAGAAAGAAAGAAACAGCAAUACACCACUGCGUCUUACGGUGCCAAAUGUCUGGAGGACACACCGUAGCAAGAAUGCAUUUUUAGAUUUAUUGUUUAUUUAACAGAGUUUUACUUUUUCUCUCUCUUUUUUUCUUUUUUAAAUCGGAGUUUUCAUCACUUUUCCUCAGUUAUCGUCCGUUAUCGUCCCAAGAGGUUGUUUCAACGAUCUUGGAUGGCUCGGGCCAUGUAAAAUUCUGCGUGGAUGCCAGCAAACCAGAUAUAGGGAGCUGGCUGAAGCACAUCCAGUUUGCCCCUGCGGCCACGCAACAUAACCUGACAGCGAUCCAGAUAGAUGAUCAGAUCUUUUACAAAGUCACCAAAGAGAUUUUUCCCGGUGAGGAGCUGCUACUUUUCAUGAAGGCUGAAGAGUAUUCAUGUGACACGAUGGCUCCUGAUAUUCAUGAGGAGAGGCAGUACCGCUGUGAGGAUUGUGACCAGCAUUUUGAGUCCCGCAACCAGCUGCUGGACCACCAGAAGCAGCCAUGUGGGAUGCCCCCCUCUUCCUUCCUUAACCCAGGAGGAGACAGUGACCUGAAGGCUCAAGAACCUGAAGACUUGAGGCCUCUCCACAUGUCUCAUGGCCUGCAUGAGUGUAAGGAGUGUGACCAGAUCUUCCCUGAUGUCCAGAGCCUGGAGGCCCACUCCCUGUCCCACUCUGAGGAGAGGGAAUAUAAGUGUGAUCAGUGUCCCAAGGCCUUCAACUGGAAAUCAAACUUGAUCCGACAUCAGAUGUCGCACGACAGUGGCAAGCACUACGAAUGUGAAAACUGCUCAAAGCAGGUGUUCACAGACCCCAGUAACCUACAGAGGCACAUUCGCUCACAGCACGUUGGGGCACGUGCCCAUGCCUGCUCCGACUGUGGUAAGACGUUUGCAACGUCUUCAGGCCUCAAGCAGCAUAAGCACAUCCACAGCAGUGUCAAACCCUUCAUGUGUAAGUCACUAAGACCCUACCUAUGUGAGGUAUGCCACAAGUCCUACACCCAGUUCUCUAACCUUUGCCGUCACAAACGUAUGCACGCUGACUGUCGCACUCAGAUCAAGUGCAAGGACUGCGGGCAAAUGUUCAGCACCACCUCAUCCCUUAAUAAGCAUCGGCGAUUCUGUGAAGGAAAGAAUCAUUUCACAGCAGGGGGAUUAUUUGCCCAGGGUAUGCCAUUGCCUGGCACCCCUGGCUUGGACAAAUCAGCUCUCGCAAUGGGUCAUAGCAGCGCGGGACUUGCUGAUUAUUUUGGUGCCAGUCGCCAUCAUAGUGGGCUUACCUUUCCUGCUGCCCCAGCAUUUCCUUUCAGCUUCCCUGGUCUGUUUCCCUCUGGACUUUAUCACCGGCCACCGCUCAUUCCUGCCACUGCUUCUCCUAUCAGACAGCCAGCUCAUGCACCUGUCGUAGGGCCUGGUGGAGAGUUAAGUAAGAGUCCACUACUACCUCCAAGCCCUGGUGCUCUGGAGUCUCGAGAGCUGCUCAAGGCUCUCCGUAAAGAUGUCAAUUCACCCAGAAAGGAGAUAGCUGAUUUAGAGCUCCACAACCAGGGUUGUUCAUCCUCAGCCAAGCACCAAAACAAACAGAGUGACCAGUCUGAAAGCAGCGAUCUAGAUGAUGUCAGCACCCCCAGCGGAAGCGAUCUGGAGAGCACAUCAGGCUCUGAGCUUGAGAGUGACAUGGACAGUGAGAAGGAGAGGGGGGCUGCUCGAGAAAAUGGCAAAGGUUCUAAGAGGAAGGUUAGUGAGGGAGGCUCCCAAAGCCCCAGCUUGAUGGGCAGCAGUGCUGUUAAAGACUUUCCAGGCCCUUCCCUCAACCCUUCCUCACUAGAUGAGCACACAGCUGUAACAGGGGCUGUAAAUGACUCUAUUAAGGCCAUUGCCUCUAUUGCUGAGAAGUAUUUUGGCUCAACUGGGCUAGCUGGCUUACAGGACAAGAAGGUUGGGUCUUUGCCCUAUCCCUCUAUGUUCCCGCUGCCUUUCUUCCCAGCAUUUUCCCCACCAGUUUACCCCUUCCCAGAUAGGGACCUCAGACCAGCAGGCCUGAAGGCUGAGCCACAGUCACCAGGAGAUGACUGUAAGAAAGCCCAAGGCAAGACCUCAUCUGAGUCACCGUUUGACCUCACUACCAAGCGAAAGGAUGAAAAAUUAGCCCCUUUUGCUCCCACCAAACCAGAAGUCUCACAUCCUGUGGGUCAGGAUCAACCACUCGACCUGAGCCUGGGAUUGAGGGGCCGUGGACGUAACUCAAAAGAAGAAGAGAGCAAAAAGAACAUGGAUUAUGAAAAGGAUAAGGGAGUAGUGGAGAUUCCAAAGGCAGAUACCUCCUUACAACAUGCCAGACCAACCCCUUUCUUCAUGGACCCUAUUUACAGCAGGGUUGAGAAGAGGAGAAUGAGCGAUCCGUUUGAGACACUGAAAGACAAGUACAUGCGGCCUACUCCAGGCUUCCUCUUCCAUCCACAGUUUCGUUUGCCAGAUCAGAGAACUUGGAUGACGGCUAUUGAGAACAUGGCAGAGAAGCUAGAGACGUUCGGCUCCUUAAAGCCAGAGUCCGGUGAGCUGUUGCGCUCUGUUCCCUCCAUGUUUGACUUCAGAGCCCCACCUUCUGCACUUCCAGAGACGCUGCUGCGCAAGGGCAAGGAGCGCUACACAUGCAGAUAUUGUGGAAAAAUAUUUCCUCGCUCUGCCAACCUGACUCGCCACCUCAGGACUCAUACAGGAGAGCAGCCGUAUAGGUGUAAAUACUGUGACCGCUCCUUCAGCAUCUCUUCCAACCUGCAGCGUCACAUUCGCAACAUUCACAACAAGGAGAAGCCCUUCAAGUGCCACCUAUGCGACCGCUGCUUUGGUCAGCAGACAAACCUGGAUCGACACCUCAAAAAGCACGAGAACGGCAACUUGUCAGGAACUGCAAUGUCAUCUCCACAGUCUGAACUGGACAGCAGUAGCGCCAUAUUGGAUGACAAAGAGGACUCGUAUUUUAAUGAAAUAAGAAAUUUCAUCAGCAGCACAGGCCAGAACCAGACAUCACCGGACCCUUCUGAGGAAGGAUUAAAUGGAGGUCCAUUUGAAGAAGGGAAACCACUGCUGGCCAGCCAUGGUUCACGUGACUUCGAAGAUGAGGAAGUGGAAGAUCUCGGUGCUGAUGAGGAAGACGCAGAGGAGCCUAGCAGCAGCCCUGAGAAAAGGGAAGCCAAGGAGUUUCCAAGCAACCUAAACGAUGACAUCAUACAAAGCGAAAUGGACUUUAGUGAGCCAAAUGAAUUGAAAACGACUUGUAAUACUUCUCCAAGAAGGUAUAAAGAUGAGGAGGAACAGAGCAGCUACUCAGCCUUGGAGCAUAUCCAUCAUUUUCCUGACAUGUGCAAAUUGGAGGAAAGUGAGCUGAGUGACAGAGAUGGAGAUGAAGACGAUGGAUCAUUUGGCUCUCCCUCUUUGAGUGAGGCAGUCAAACAGCCACUCUUUAGGAAAUCCAAGUCUCAGGCAUAUGCCAUGAUGCUGUCUCUGGCUGAAAAGGACUCUCUCCACUCAGCCACCCAUACCCCGGCCACCAUGUGGCAUAGUCUGGCACGGGCUGCUGCUGAAUCCAGUGCCAUUCAGUCCCUCAGCCAUGUAUGAUGACACCCCAACAUGUCCACGUUUUCACCUCACUACCCUUGACCUACCUAUGGCACUGGGAGUCCAACAUGGGGGCUAUCAGCAGGGGCCCCUGAUCAUUCACAGAGUGACUGCUGAGCAGAACCACGGCCCAUCUGACUGCCUUAUACACAAAGUGUGGGGUCACUGUCCACAGCCCACCCAAGCCCCGAAAAAACAAAACCUCUGACGAAAACAGAAAAUUAAAAUCAAUUUGUCUUAUGAAACCCAAAAAUGAUUGAAAUUAAUAAUGCUAAAAUAAUAAUAGCUGUAUUUAUUCUUCUGAUUUUCUAUGUUUUGCACAGCAAAGGCAGCUGAUAGAUAAGUAAGAUGGGUGUGCUGAUGUGUCAUUGCUCAAGGAAAUUUAAUGCCCAGCAAAUACUGUAUAAGACAAGGAGAACCUUUCACUUUGAGUUUGGUUGUGUCUCUAAGACAGCUGGUUUCAGUCUAGCAUGUUUCACUGUGUGUAAAGCAUAAAAGCCAGAACAAGAAUUCCCUUUAACAUCUGCAGAUGUUCCUCAUAAAUACAUGUACUUGAUGAUAAAAAUUAAAAGUGGGGUUAGUUACCCACUCCAACUAAGGACAGCACUAGCGGCGCUUUAGUAUCACUGAAGUCAUUUAAGAACAAAUUAAAAUUGUUAAACUGAAAUCAGGCCAGUUUCCCAUGUGUGUUUUCAUAGCUGCGUGUGUCUGCACAAUCAUAGCACUGUACACAAGUGUCAAACAAGUGUUCUCCACUGCACUCCAUCCUCCCCACCUGCGCUAUCUGUGAAAGGAUAUAAAUAGAUUGUCUUUUUAGUGGAAGAGAUGAAAACACAAUGUUUUUGUUUUAUUUCUUUAUACUGAGAUAAGUAGCCAGUGCUGAAGUUAACUGUUGUUCUGUAAAGGGCAUAUGUCUUUUUUCAAAAACCCCUGAAUUCAUCCUAGUCAACCAACAAUACCACUAAAUACCCCAAAUGCUAGUUGUUAGCUACUCCAUGCUUGUGUGUCUUUCAUUUUUAGACAAUCAUUUGUUUUCUUUCUCUUGUUUUUGUUGGUGUUGUUGUUGUUAUUUGCUGUUGUAUUUUGAGAAUUGUAUUUAUUUCUUGGCAAACUGUAGUUUGUUUACUGAAUAGCACUGCUCCUAGCCCAGGUGAAGGGGAGAUUCCUAACCGGGCUUAUCCCAGAGUUCAAUGGGGUUUGUAGAUUACAUUUGAGUGCCAGAUAGUAUUAAACGUACAAUUUACACCAUAUUCUACUAAUGAAACCGGUUGAUGAAUAGAUAUUCUUUAGGGUUUUUUUCUAUGACAAUUUAAUGAUUCAAUUGUACAAAUGAAAAACGUUAUAAAGAAUGAGUAAUGAUAAAAAUAAAAAAUGAAAAAAAAAAAAACAGAUAUCAUUUCUUCAUAAGCGCAUGAUUGGUCUGGUAAGAUCUGUAUCUGAUAUUUUCUACGGUUGUCUGCAAGCUUGUGUGAUGUUCGGUUCAUGUUAAUCCCUUGUGCCAAACUUAUGAUAAAUAACAGAUUACUUUCAUUUAUUCUCCCGUUUUGAGGGACCCGAUUUCCUGUUUGUUUUUGUUGUUUUGUUUAUAAUCGAUUUUAAAAAGUAAUCAGCAAGUUGAGGUACUUUGUUUUAAUGCUUUCUACAAUGUAACUGUUAUGCAUUUCAAUUCAAUACUGUGGGAGGAACAACUAAGAAAAUAAAGGAUUACAAUGUGGA